UAAAACCCCAAAAAGAUUCAACGCAAACGCUUCUUCCUCAACACCAAAUCCCCUAAUUCCGUACUUGAAUCUCAAUGGCAAUCCACAAGCUUGCGGCGAUCAUCAAGAACCCUUUAAAUGAGGACGAGUUUCUUCUCGUAAAAGAGUCGCCGCCGCCGAAAUUCGGGGAAGAAGAGUAUGAUUCCUACUUUGAUUCUGAUCUCUGGGACUUGCCCUCCACGCAACUGAAUUUACUAGAAGGAGAAUCGCAGUGUGGAGUUGCUGUUGAAGGCGCGGAAUCCGUUCUAGACAAGAUUGAUUUGACAAAAUUUGAUCUCAAUCUGGCACUCAAUCAGCUUUUGGCUCGAGUGGGUUAUGGAAUGCACGGUGGGGUACAGUGGCGUCUGUGGAAGUAUGCGGAGGAAGCUGAAUUUGGGCCAGGAGAUCCAGUUCAUACGGUCUUCAUUACUGGGAAACUGGUAUCAGUGGAUGACAAUUUACAAGGACCGUGUAAGUGGAUGUCAAUUCAACAUUGCCUGACCUGGCUUCUAGAUGUGAAACCAAGUUGUGGUCGUGUGGGACCUUUGGUAGUUGUUGGUCUUCUAAAUGACUCAAUGCAAUCUACAAAGUGGAAAGUACCGCCCACUUUGUGUUAUCAGGAGUACCCUCCUGGUGUUGUACUUGUGCCUAUGGGAAGUAGAACUGGCAAGCCAUUUCACACCACAAACUUAGUUGUAUUUGCACCACAUAAUCUCCCCAAUGACUCUGGAGAUAAUAAUUUUGUUGCUUACGGAGAUGCACUGAUCGUGGAUCCAGGAUGCCGAUCUGAAUUCCAUAAAGAGCUUGGGGAAAUUAUUGCUGCUUUGCCAAGAAAGUUGGUUGUCUUUGUUACCCAUCACCACCAUGAUCAUGUUGAUGGUCUUUCAAUCAUCCAAAAGUACAAUCCUGAUGCCACUCUCUUGGCACAUAAAAAUACCAUGUGUCGCAUUGGAAAAGGUGACUGGUCCCUUGGCUAUACCUCAGUUUCAGGCAAUGAAGAAAUUUGCAUUGGUGGUCAGCGGUUGCAUGUCAUUUUUGCUCCGGGGCAUACAGAUGGCCACAUGGCAUUGCUUCAUAUCAAGACUAACUCAUUGAUUGUUGGAGAUCACUGUGUGGGUCAUGGAAGUGCCAUUUUGGACGUUACUUCUGGUGGAAAUAUGACUGAAUACUUCCAAACAACUUACAAGUUUUUGGAGCUCUCCCCACAUGUUUUAGUCCCCAUGCAUGGGAGAGUUAAUAUGUGGCCAAAGCACAUGCUUUGUCAGUAUCUCAAGAAUCGAAGAAAUAGGGAGUCAACCAUCUUAAAAGCCAUAGAAAAUGGAGCGCAAUCACUGUUUGACAUUGUUGCAUAUACAUAUUCUAAUGUUGAUCGCAGUUUCUGGAUUCGUGCUGCAUCAAAUGUGAGGCUUCACGUGGAUCAUCUGGCCUGUCAAGAUAAAUUACCAAAGGAAUUUUCUAUUCAAAAGUUCCAGAAAACUUGCAGGCUGCAUUUCCUAUCCCGAUGGAUAUGGGCAUACCUCAACAGAGGUUUUCCAUUAAAGGAUCAGAAGCUAAGAAUAACCAAAAUGAUUAUUGCUAUAGGGGUGGCUGGCUUUGCUGUGUUGUACUCGAUUAAAAACAUGGGUUCAAAUAAGUCUAGCAGCUAAAGAGUGAAUAACAUUCAGAUCAGGAUACCUUUUAAUUAUGUUUGAAAAAUUAAUUAUCUUUCCUUCUAGGAGAGAUAUUAUGUUGUAAUAAUGGCAAUACUUAUGCUUUUGCAACGGUCUAGCUAUCCUUGUGCUACAAAGGAAUAUGAACUAAUAAGAAAGUGUGCAUCAUCAAGAAAGUUAA